GCACCACUAAAACACGCACAAUGGUGCCAUGAAGCUUGGAUUUGCCCAUUCUGAAAGAUGUCUGAGCACAGCAAAAAUUCUGAUCAAGAUGAACCUCUCAGGGAAGAUAUUGAUGAGGAUGAAAUCCUGGCCAACUUGUCCCCUGAGGAACUCCGAGAACUGCAGUCAGAGAUGGAAGUCAUGGCUCCGGACCCCCGACUCCCUGUGGGAAUGAUUCAGAAAGAUCAAACGGAAAAACCCCCCACCGGCAAUUUUGAUCAUCGUUCUCUUGUCGAUUACAUGUAUUGGCAGAAGGCAUCCAGGCGCAUGCUGGAAGAGGAGAGAGUCCCCAUCACCUUUGAGUCAUCCAAGGAAAACACUGCAGAGGUUCAUGAAGAAACAGACAAGGAUAAUACAAAUGUAUCGGGGGCUUUAAUGAUGAAACUCAAUAAAGAAAAUGAAAAGAAUGAAACCAAGUCAAACAGCACCGAAAGGAUUCAAGAAACAAAAGAGGAUGAUGGAGGUGAAGAGGACGAUGAAGGUGAUGAGGACGAUGAAGGUGAGGAUGAAGAUGAUGAAAAUGAAGAUGAAGAGGAUGGUGGAAAAGAGAUUGACAGCAGCACUAAAGAAGAUGAGGAAAAGAAAGCCAGGGAAAAACAGAGAGAGGAAAAUAAAAGCAGCUUAAAUUUACUGACAAAACUUUUUGCAGAGGCAAGAGAGAGCCCUAUAUCCCUAGAAAAAAGUGAAAACAAAAUCUCAAAAUUGGAUCCCAAGAAAUUGGCCCUGGAUACCAGUUUUAUGAAAGUGAGCGCCAGACCUUCAGGAAACCAGACAAAUCUUGAUGAGAGUUUGAAGCGGGUGCGCAAAAAUGAUCCAGAAAUGAAAGAACUCAACCUGAAUAACAUUGAAAACAUACCCAAAGAGAUGUUAUUGGACUUUGUUAAUGCCAUGAAGAAAAACAAACACAUCAAAACCUUUAGCUUAGCCAACGUGGGCGCAGAUGAAAAUGUUGCCUUCGCUUUGGCCAACAUGCUACGUGAAAAUAGAAGCAUCACUACUCUCAAUAUUGAGUCCAAUUACAUUACGGGCAAAGGCAUUGUCGCCAUCAUGAGGUGUCUCCAGUUUAAUGAAACAUUAACAGAGCUUCGCUUUCACAACCAAAGACAUAUGCUGGGCCACCACGCAGAAAUGGAGAUAUCAAGGCUCCUGAAGGCGAACAAUACACUCCUGAAGAUGGGCUACCAUUUUGAGCUUCCUGGUCCUAGGAUGGUGGUCACCAAUUUGCUUACCAGAAAUCUGGAUAAACAGAGACAGAAAAGACAAGAAGAGCAAAAACAACAGCAGCUUCGAGAGCAGAAGAAGUUAAUAGCCAUGUUGGAAAACGGGCUGGGGUUGCCUCCUGGGAUGUGGGAGAUGCUAGGAGGCCCAAUGCCAGAUCCAAGAAUGCAUGAAUUACUGCAGGCUCCUCAGGUGCCCGUCUCCCAAAUGCCCCGCUAUGGCCGUAGUCAGAGAAAUGAAAUCGGCAAGAAGCCCAGUCAGCCUGAACGGUACAGAACUGAUCCGAACUCCUUUAAAGUGGUCAAACUGAAGAGAACCCAACGCAAAUCCCGAAUGCCCCCGGAAGCCCAAGAGUCGGCUGAAAAAACCAACCUCAAAGAUGUCAUCAAAACCCUCAAGCCUGUGCCUAGGGUCAGGCCUCCACCUCUAGUGGAAAUCACACCUCGAGACCAGCUACUGAAUGACAUCAGGCACAGUAAUGUCGCCUAUCUCAAACCCGUGCAACUGCCCAAAGAACUGGCAUAAAGGACACAGAGUCAUCCGGAAGAAUGAGAAAGAACAAAGAGAGGUUGUGCAACCAUGGCUGAAAAGCAUUUCCAAGGCCCUUCUUCAGAAUCUUGGUGUCGGACAUGGGAACAAUGCACACAACUAGUGGCAUUUUUUGUUAAAAUCAGUGUGUGUGAACAAUGACAAAAGAGUGUUUGCUGUGGGAGGUGGAAAAGAAAUAAUCCUACAAGCUCAAUCUCCAGGGGGUAUGAUUGUUUAAUUUCAUGUGUAUUUUGGUGAACUAGUUGAACAUAGAGUAACAUUUUCAGAAAAUAAGUGGAAAUUUUAUGAAUCUCUUCAUUGAAU